AUGGCUAGACGAAAAAAUUGUUACCAAUUUCAGGUUAUCGAAUACUGUGAUGAUCCAAAGGAUUCCAAUAUGAACAUCGUGUUCAACGAUUCGAUGACGAUGCCUAACGUGACGUUUUGCAUGUCGAAGAAACAAGCCUGGAGUCAUUUUAAACUCAAUGAAAGCGCACCGGUCGAAGAAUGGGAUAUGAUAGUUGACGAAGCUCUCGCCAAUAUGACAGACCACGACAGUUUCUUGACAAAAAUGUGGGACUAUCGCCUUGUCAUGGAAGCUUACGAUAUGAUCGCCACAUACAACAGUCUCGAGCGCGAAUCACAUGCUCAUGGCUCGGCUAGGGCAAUAAAUAUGUAUCGAACGUCACCUCGAUUUGCUGGAAAACGAGCAAUGUUCAAGAAAUGGGCGGAAGUGCUCGAGUCACGGAAUGUAACUUUCGAGGAAUUUACUCAAAAGGCCGGCACGGAAGUUCUCCGUCGUUCCAUGCAGCGUUUCCUGCGCACCACCUUCAAUGAGGAUUUGGUCAUCAAGACCAAAUUGAGAAUCUCAUGGAUCUCUCAAAUGCAGAUAUGUUUCCAGCCAUUAUUCGACGAGGACAACUUUUAUGCCAUUGAAGACCAAGGCAAUUUCUUCACAAUGUUGCUAUCCCACAAUGCUGAAAACCUCGAUGGAGAACACCUUGAAUGUAUGAGUGUUGACUUCCAUGGGCGCCCUUCAUCGCUUAACCGAUUCAUGGAGGGCAAGGGAAGAGCCAGAGAUGGAUUCACGUUCGAGCUGUGUGCCGGUCAACGUCAUGAGGUCACAGUCGAGGUUCGGGCAUUGUACCAAAUGCUCGAGAACGACGAUCCUGGAACGGCGUGCCGUGACGUUGAGGAGGGAGAGGACAGCGAGUUCGACUGCAGAUCUCGUUGUCGCAUGAAAAUGAUUCGGGAUAUGUGCAACUGCACCCCGCUGUCUCUUAGCUAUCUCGCUCUGGACGAAUUGGAUAAGUUCCCACUUUGCGACUACACAAAAUGUGAAGUGGACGUGCAAAAAGGUAACUACUCUGAUGCGGAAUGCUCUACUGGAUGCUACCGAGACUGCCGUCAAAUUCGAUACGAAAUUGACCACGAAGUUCAAGGAAGAAUGGUCCGACCUGAUCUAACGCUGAUCAACUUGAACUGGGGUUCGUUCGAAUAUCUCACCAUGGAGCAACAAUGGAAGUAUUCUAUUACUGCGUUUAUCGCCGCACUUGGAGGUUCUAUUGGAAUGUGGCUUGGAUUGAGUAUACUCUCUUUAAUUCAGGGAGGAACAUAUCUAUACACCUAUCUAACGAAGAAGGUUGUGAAAGAGAAGAUCUUGAAAAAAGUGUCAGAACAACGAAGGAGGGAGAGUAAGGCAAGUGAUUUUCAUAACACAUUUCAGGUUUCCUCCACCUCCAUGCCUUCGAAGAAGAUAUCCAUAGGAGCUAAUCCUUUCGAAAAUCCGUUUGUUGCACCGUCACCUACUCCAGGUCACGAACUUAACGAGGUAUCUCCGCCGGGAUACAGUCGCAGUCCUAACCCGACGAAGAUCCAAGUGGACUAA